UCUGCAGCGCCCCCACCCGUUGGGGGUGCCCAGGCGGCAGCGGCGGCUGAGGAGGAGGAGCGAGAGGUGGUACGGGUCCGAGUCAAGGUGAGGCUGGCGGCUGGUGGGCCAGCCUGCCCGGGCACCCAGUGGACGAAAAGAUGGUGGCUGUCAUAGGAUAGAGGGCAGGACCUGAAAUUUGGGGCGUUACUUGGAGACGGGGCCGAGGUUUGAGAGCAGAAUGAUGGGAGAAUGAAGACAUGGGUCUUGGGGACAUAUACUUGGGUAUAUAACGAAAUAGAGGGGAAGGGGACUGAUGGAGUGGAGGGAUGGAGCCUGGGGGUAGAGAGAUAGGUUGUAGGGUUAGAGGAGGGGCCUCUGGAGUCCAGAGGAAUGAGGGAGGUGCUGUUGCUGUCAGAAGGGGGAGUCCUAAAGUCAGUCAACAUUUGGGAGAGUGAAUGUCCCCACCCCUGAACCCACGUGCUUGUGGGGGGGGGGGGGACAAAAACAGUUAAAUGAUAUGUUUUGGACACCAGUGAGUAUCAUGAGAAAAUAAUAGGAAAGGUUAGGAUCUUUACCCAAAGUCGUAUGGGAAAAUCCCCCAAUGAGGAUUGAAGUCACAGAGACCCGAAUAAAGCGUCAGCUAUGUGCAUUUAAGGUGGGAGAAGAGUUCUAGGUAGAAGGAACAGCAAGAGUUCAAGGCUGGGAGGUGGAGAUGAACUUGGUAUGUUCCUGUAGGUUCCCAUAAUGUUGGAGAAGGAAGACUGAGGGUAAAAGCGGUAGGACAAUCGGAGAGAGAAGGGCAGGUGGGCAGCCUGUGAUGCAUAGUCUGAGGAAGGAACUUGUUGCAAUAAUUCGAGCAAGCUCAGCCUGGAGUGGUGGCAUUGGCAGUGAUGAAGAGGUCAACAGAUCACUUCAGUGUAGUAGCACUCUAAGGCAAAGAUUUAGUGAGUGAGCCGGAUGAAGUGGGAAGGAUGUGCAGACCAAGAGUGAUCAGCAGACACAAACGAUUGGAGGAAGGAUGCAGUCAAGGUAACUCCCAGCAGUUUGGUACUACUAGAACAUACAGUUCAAAAUAAAUCUGAGUGGAGAGAGGGCUAGUUUGGGACCCUCGGUUUGCUGUUGAAAAGAUUUAAGCGUUGCAGUGUUACAGGUAGAUUUGCUUGAUUGAUUGCAGUAUGGGGGACUGAUUUUAUUGUGGUCAGACUGGACAUGGUGAUUCUGGCAACCAUAUUUAAGGGAAUCUAGAAAGAUUGGCCAUCUGGACUGUUGCAGUAGCCUUCGUUCCUGCUUGGCUGUUUUGCAGAGCAGACAUACGGACAUCCAUUCUUUCUUUGCCCAGAAGCUGCCUGUGCCUUCCCCUCACAGAGAACAAAAGCCCAGAGCAUCCCAUCUAAAUCUUGGUCCCUGCCACCUUCUUUGACCCUGCUCUGUACCUCACCCACUCUUCCAAAUGGGAAUGGUGAUGGGGCCCCUCGUGGCCUACCCCUUGUCUUCUUUCUUAGAAAUGUGAGAACUUCUUGUCACCUGAGUUCCGCUCUUUCGCUGUGGAUCCUCAGAUCACCUCACUGGACGUGUUGCAGCACAUCCUCAUCCGAGCCUUUGACUUGAAUGGUAAGAAGGCUGCUUUCUUCCCACUUCUGUCCCUCAACUACACUGUUACCAUCCCCAGAGGGACCAACAUUUUACCAGUUUUCAGUGUGCCCUCCAGAUAUCAGCAGGAAGAAGAACUUUGGCAUCAGCUACCUGGCGCGAGACCGGCUAGGACAGGAAGUUUUCCUCGCCCUCCUUUCUGACUGGGACCUCAGCACAGCUUUCGCCACUGCGUCCAAACCUUACCUGCAAUUGCGUGUAGACAUUCGGCCCUCAGAGGACAGCCCACUGCUGGAAGACUGGGAUAUAAUUAGCCCCAAAGAUGUCAUUGGAUCCGAUGUGCUACUGGCUGAGAAGCGUUCUUCACUGACGACAGCCGCCUUGCCUUUUACACAAUCCAUCCUCUCUCAGGUGGGCCGUACGUUGUCUAAGGUCCAGCAGGUGCUGAGUUGGUCAUAUGGAGAAGAUAUCAAGCCUUUCAAACCACCUCUGAGUGAUGCUGAGUUUCACACAUACCUGAAUCAUGAAGGCCAGCUCUCCCGUCCUGAGGAGUUGCGGUUGCGGAUCUAUCAUGGCGGUGUGGAGCCUUCACUUAGAAAAGUGGUGUGGCGGUACCUCCUGAACGUGUACCCAGAUGGGCUGACAGGCCGUGAGCGGAUGGACUACAUGAAACGGAAGAGCCGAGAGUAUGAGCAGCUCAAGAGCGAGUGGGCCCAGCGAGUGAACCCCGAGGACCUGGAAUUCAUCCGCAGCACAGUCCUCAAGGAUGUGCUUCGUACAGACCGAGCCCAUCCCUACUACGCGGGGCCCGAGGAUGGCCCACACCUACGGGCCCUACAUGACCUGCUCACCACCUAUGCCGUUACCCAUCCACAGGUGUCAUACUGUCAGGGCAUGAGUGACCUGGCGUCGCCCAUCCUUGCUGUCAUGGACCAUGAGGGCCAUGCCUUUGUGUGUUUUUGUGGCAUCAUGAAGCGCCUGGCUGCCAACUUCCAUCCUGAUGGUCGUGCCAUGGCCACCAAGUUUGCCCACCUCAAGCUGCUGUUGAGACAUGCCGACCCAGACUUCUACCAGUAUCUGCAAGAAGCAGGCGCUGAUGACCUCUUUUUCUGUUACCGCUGGCUGCUGCUGGAGCUUAAGCGCGAGUUUGCCUUUGAUGAUGCUCUCCGAAUGCUAGAGGUCACCUGGAGUUCACUGCCCCCUGACCCUCCUGAACAUGAAGUGGAGCUUGUUGGACCUCCCAGCCAGGUGGCAGACACUGGCUUUGGUGGCCACAGGGGACGGCCAGUACGUCAGAGGCACAUGCUAAGGCCUGCGGGUGGAGGAGGCGGUGCCUUUGAAGAUGCUGUUGUCCACUUGGCUACAUCCAGCCAGGGACCUAGUGGUGGGGGACGUCUCCUGAGACAAGCCAGCCUGGAUGGUCUCCAGCAACUCAGGGAUAACCUGGGCCCCAGGAAGGACUUUUUGGUCCAACUAGCCCACCCGGCUGCCCUCAUCAGCUCUAAAUCCCUCUCUGAGCCCUUGCUGAACUCCCCAGACCCACUCCUCUCCUCCUCGUCUCGGCCCGAUUCCCCAUCUUCCUCAUCUCCUCCCUCCACCCAGGAGGCCUCUCCUUCUGGUGACGUAGCUGUAGGAUCCCCCUUGAUGCAAGAUACGGGUUCUCCCCGAGAGCCAGGGAAGUCCCUACCACCCCCCCCUCCAAUGGGCCUUCCCCCACCCCAGGAGUUUGGCCGAGGGAACCCAUUCAUGCUCUUCCUCUGCCUGGCUAUCCUACUGGAACACCGGGACCACAUCAUGCGCAAUGGGCUGGAUUACAAUGAGCUAGCCAUGCAUUUUGACCGCCUGGUGCGGAAACACCAUCUAGGGCGUGUCUUGCGCAGGGCCAAGGCUCUCUUUGCUGAUUAUCUGCAGUCGGAAGUGUGGGACUCUGAGGAGGGGGCUGAGGCCACAGCUCCAUCUUGACCGUAACCCUUCCAGCUUUCCGACCCCAGUGGUACCCUAUUCUUUGCAUUGAGGGCCUACACACGAGACAUUACUCCCUGCCUGCCAUCCCUAGACAUGUUGGAGCCUGGGGCCCUCUCUCCUGGGUUUGAGUGUGUGUGACUCACUGGUGGCACUGCCCACAGAGGCGUGGCCUCUUUUCUGGUUUGGUUUUGUUUCUAAACUAUUCUUUGCACACACAA